UACAGUAACUACGAAAAAGAAAAUUUAUAUCCUCUUGCAUUUUGUACGGUAGUUUUACGGCACCUAGUUUAAUCCAAUUAAGGAAAAUAGAAUAGAUAUUCUUGAGAACAUUAUAAAAAGCAAAUAUGAUUAAACAAGGACAAAUAAAUAAUAAAUAUCAAAUGGGAGAUAAUGCUGAGGCAAUAAAAAUGGAGGACAUGGAUCAUCUGCGCAAAAUGUUUCUUGGCGGUUUGUCAACCAAUUCCACAGAAGACUCACUUCGAGAGUUCUUCAGUCAAUUUGGCGAAGUAAUCGAUGUGAUUGUCAUGCGAGAUCCUACAACGAAACGUUCCAGAGGCUUUGGUUUUAUAACUUACAAAAAUGCAACGAUGGUUGAUAAAGCACAAGCGGCUAGACCACAUAUUGUCGAUGGAAAAUCAAUUGACUCGAAACGUGCUUUACCUCGGCCUGAAGUAAGCGGUGAUUCAACAGUGAAGAAAAUAUUCGUCGGAGGUCUUAAGGAAUACCACGACGAACAAUCUCUGAAAGAACAUUUCCAGCAGUUUGGCAAUGUUAUUAGCGUAAAAGUUUUAACAGACAAAACUACAGGACGUAAAAGAGGUUUUGCCUUCGUCGAAUUUGAUGAUUAUGACGCAGUUGAUAAGGCUGUCUUGCAUAUAAACCACGUCAUUAAAUACGUGAAGGUGGACGUUAAGAAAUCAAAAUAUAAAGAAGAACUUGCCAAAAAAUUAGCAAAUCAACAAGGGGCCGCUACUGGUAUGAUUCAAGCCGGCGGUGCGGGUAUAUCUUCUGUCACAGCCACCUAUCAGCAGCCACCAAAUGUAGGCACUGCCUAUAAUCCUCAAACAGCUUAUGGGUACGCAAACGCGCCAACAGCGACAUAUAAUGGCUGGGGAGGUGCAUACGCUCCGCCGCCAGUUGCCGCUUAUCCCCAGCAAACGAAUGCCUAUGGCAAUUACGUUGCAGCCCCACAGAAUGGAACUGCGCCUGGUUGGAAUGCUACACCUUAUGCGACACCUGGAGCUAAUUGGCCACAAAAUGGCUAUGUUCCGGCUGUGCCAGCGACGGUACCCGUUGGUCCCGCCGUUGCAGUUCCGUCAGCGGCUACGGCUACAAGCGGUUGGAGCGCAGCCCCAACUGCAAAUGGUACUCAAAGUUUUGGAACUUACCAGCAAACCUAUAAUGGAGGACCUCAAAAAGCCGGCAACUUGCAGGGUAAUCGCAUGAAUCCGUAUAGUGUGUCGUCAGCACCCAAUUACGGUAAGCAUUAAUUGAUUAAACGAGUGAGUAAUGAAACCAAAGUCACUUUUGUCCAUUUUGAAAACAAUAUACAUUCAUUUAUAUAGAUAUACUGUAUAUUUUUUAUACCGUUAUUUUUUGACUUCCUAUUAACUCUGUUUUGAUAUAUUUAUUAAUUUUGUAAGCAUUCCUUCUAUAAACAUAUAUGUACAUAUACAUAUAUGCAUAUGC